AUGCAGGACCUCCCCUGGAAGAACCACAGCUCUCUGUCUGAGUUCAUCCUUCUGGGCUUCUCUGGGGAUUCCCAAAUUAAUGCUAUCCUCUUCAACAUCUUCCUCUUCCUCUACCUGUCUACACUUGUGGGCAAUGGGCUCAUUGUCACCUUGAUCUACCUAGACUCCCGCCUCCACACACCCAUGUACUUCUUCCUCAGUGUCCUUUCCAUGCUGGACAUGAGCUACGUCACCACCACUGUGCCCCAGAUGUUGGUACAUCUGGUCUGCCAGAAGAAAACUAUCUCCUAUGUUAGGUGUGUGGCCCAGAUGUUCAUCUUUCUGGUGUUGGGCAUCACUGAGGGCUGGCUGUUCUCUGUCAUGGCCUACGAUAGAUAUGUGGCCAUUUGCUAUCCACUCAGGUACAAGGUUAUUAUGAGCCCAUGGCUGUGUGGGGCAAUGAUAGUCUUUUGUGGAGUGUGGGGUGUCAGCUGUUCCCUAGUCUACACUGUCUUCACCAUGCACCUGCCCUACUGUGGCCCCAAUGAGAUCAAUCACUUCUUCUGUGAGGUCCCUGCUGUUCUGAAGUUGGCCUGUGCAGACACAUCCCUCAAUGACCGAGUAGAUUUCAUCCUGGGCUUCAUCCUUCUCCUAGUUCCUCUUUCCUUCAUUCUGGCCUCUUAUGUCCGCAUCUUUGCCACCAUCCUGAGAAUCCGCUCAGCCCAGGGUCAACUCAAGGCCAUCUCCACCUGUGCAUCCCAUAUCACUGUGGUCACCAUGUUCUGUGGACCUGCCAUGUUUAUGUACAUGAACCCUGGGGCCAAUGCCUCACCAGAGAGGGACAAGAAACUGGCCCUGUUCUACAACGUCAUCUCUGCCUUUCUCAACCCCAUCAUCUACAGCCUCAGGAACAAAGAUGUGAAGAGGGCUUUCUUCAAAGUAACAGGCUGGGGCACAGCCCCCAAGUGA